UGUUUACUGGAGAUUUGAGCCUGUUUUUUGGUGUUUCUCUGCGUUUUGUUGAUAUAUAUAUAACUCUCAAGAAUAGUGUCCAUUUGGCAUAGUUCUGUCUCUGUUUUCUUCUUUUUUGUAUUGGACUUUGGUAUUUUUGUGACCAUGUUGGAGUUGCUCCCCCAAUCUCAUGUCGACCAAGAUGAUGAAAAACUAAGUCUCCAUAAAAACGCUAAGGAAUACAAGAAUCUCAAGACAAUUCCUAAAACAUUCCUAGAGCUGUCCGACAAUUUUUUCGAAAUCAGUGAAGAUGAAAGCCACAGUGAUAGUGAUGGAGAGAAAUAUCAAAAUAUUAAUGCCACUUUAUUGACCAACUCCAAAAAAUCUCAAAUUGAUAACAUUAACCCCCAAAAGCCAAUUGAUUAUGGUUCUUUAGAUCAUUUGAAGAACACUCAAAUCAAAGACUCUAAUCCUGAUCACUACUCAGAUGGAAUCCCCAUUUUCAAACCAACUUUCGACCAAUUUAAAGACUUUUAUGGCUAUAUCAAAUCCAUCGAUAGAUUUGGAAUGCAAUCGGGUAUUGUUAAAAUUAUCCCGCCGAAGGAAUGGUUAGAUUUAAUUGAUAACUUAAAUCUCUAUGAUGAAGAAAGGUUGACUGCCAAAAUCAAAAUCAAAAACCCAAUAGUCCAACACAUUUCGAAACUAAACCAUGGUUGCUUUAACCAAAUCAAUAUUCAAAAAUCAAAAUCUUACACUAUUUACGAUUGGAAAAGAGAAUACCAAAAAAACUAUCUACCUCCAAUUUCAAGAUCUCAAAGAAAUUCAAAUACUAAAAAGGUCACUAAAAAGGUCACUAAAAACAAGAAUAAAAAUGAAAAUGCAAUUCAAAACCUAUCAAAUUAUAAUAUAGAUACCUCAGAGUUUGAUGAUGAAAAACUAGACUUUUUAGAAAAUAACUACUGGAAAUCUUUAUCCUAUGGUGGAAAUCCAAUGUAUGGUGCUGACUGUCCUGGCUCUUUGUUCCCUUCUCCUGAUAAAUUCAAUACUUGGAACAUAUCAAAUUUGCCCAACUUUUUGAAUUACCUAGAUUCAACACUAUCAGGCAUCAACGAUCCUUAUCUCUAUGCUGGUUUAUGGAAAUCAACCUUUUCAUGGCAUUUAGAAGACCAAGAUUUAUACUCAAUUAACUACAUACAUUUUGGUGCACCCAAACAAUGGUAUUCAAUCCCCCAAGAUCAUCAAGAAUCCUUCUAUAACCUAAUGAAAGAAUUAUAUCCAAUUGAAUAUAAAUCCUGUAAAGAAUUUUUACGCCAUAAAACCUUUCUAGUCUCUCCAACUUUAUUACGCAAAAAAAACAUCCCCGUUAACAAAGUUCGCCAUUAUGAAAAAGAAUUUAUUAUCACCUAUCCUUAUGGUUACCACUCAGGUUUUAACUAUGGCUACAAUCUAGCUGAAAGCGUAAAUUUUGCAACUGAUACCUGGUUUGAUAUCGGUUUAAAAAGUCAUAAAUGCGAAUGUAUUUCAGAUGCUGCCUUUAUCAAUGUUAAAAAUUUAAUGCAAAAUGUUGGUCUUUUAAAUCAUCCUGAUAACUCAUUUAAUAAUUUUUCUCACUUCCCGGUUUUUCAUCCUUCAAACGACAGUUUUGAUAAUGAGGACGACAAUGAUAGUGAUCAAAUCCAUCAAUCCAUAGAACUAACUGAUUCGGAAAAUGAAUCAUCUUUAAAUACCCCAAUUCCAAAAAAGGGGAUUGAAAAAAUUAAUUCAAAUAAAAUUCUUAUCCGAGUUCCAAUGCCAAAUAAAAAAAUCACUCCUAAAAAUAUCAUUAAAAAAAACAAUCUUCCAAAACAGUUUAAACCAGAUUUUACUCCAAUAGAUGAUCCUGAAAGAAUUAGAAGAACCAUAUCCAGCUCCUCUUCUGAUUCCUCCCCCAGUUUAGAAACAACUUGGGUUCAAGAACUUCUUACAACUAAAAUGGUAACUGAUGAUGCUAUUGGUUUGUCAAGAGAAAAACGAAAAACAAACUCUCAAAAAAUUUGGCACUAUGUUGAAGAUUUCUCAAACGAAAAAGUAGCAAGGUUUUCUGACGAUGCAAAUUCACAACAACCAAAUGAUCCUUCAUACCGCAAAUAUCUUGGAAAACUAAAGAGAAGGAAAGUAAAAGCAGAAAAAACGGGAUCGCCCAUUCCAAUUUAAUUUGUUCUAAAAAAAAAAGAAUCUUUUGUCUAUAACUCUUCCAUUUUGCUGAGAAUAUGUUAAGAAUAUGCUUAAAUUUUGAUUAAAUAUUUUUUGAUGGUGCUAUGGUUUUUGUAAUGUUUUUGCUUUAUUUUAUUUUCCUUUAUUUUAUUUUCCUUUAUUUCUUAUAGUUUGUAAUAUAUAAUCGA